CCUUCGCAAUCUUUUUUUGGUUUAUGUAGCCCAUCUCCCCAUUACCUUCGCGUCCAACCAGAAUAGCGCCACACCGUUUUGGAAGGCAAUCAGGUGGCACUAACUUCAACACGAGAGCAUCGUUUCACUAUCUCGGAGGUGCCGAUGAACCACAUUCUGCACUACUCAAUUAACAAAAAUGUGACACCUCAAACGUCAACCUUUACUUUCAAGGGCAUUUCGCCAGGCUGACUGUAACCAGGAUGAGUUUCGCGCUCCCCAAAAGCGAAUCGAAGACCUCCUUGCUGCGAUCCUCCGCACAGACCAGGAGAGCAGCAGCAGCAGCUCAGCAUCCCGGAGCCCGACGAACACACCAUCAGCGUUCAGCGGCGGCGUCCGCGGCAUCUGGCACGGAGACCGGCCCAGACGAGUCGUUUAUGUCAGCGGAUUGCGACGCGAGCUCGCGGAGACCCCUGUGUCACCCCUCACUGGUCGGUAACCGGAAUAGCGCGGAGAAGAGCCACCCACAGCACUCCCACUCGCACGGACACACUCUUCCCACUGCACGCAGCCAGGAGGACCUGUCGGAACUCCGGGAGCGCAAAACUGCCAGACGACACCACCAUCAUCAUCAUCACCAUCAUCAUCACCACCAUCAUCACCGGCACCGGUCCACCCGGGACGACCUGCCCCAAGAGCCCCGACCGAAACACUCUCACGCCGCUCGCAUGCCGAGCAGAACUCAGUCGUUCUCUGAGUGCAGGGACGAACCGGUUGUCUGUUUUGACUCACCCCGACUGGACCGGACUCGACCGGGGUCGUCCACGAGCAAAGAGGCGUGUCUUUCCUCCACCGCCUCAUCCUCACCGGUACCCGCGUCCUCCUGCCGCUCAUCCAGGAGGUCAGCCAGGUCCAGCGCAGCAGCAUCGGAGGCAGAUCUAAAUCUGCGCCCUUUCCUAAACUCAGUGUUUGGACAGAAUCGAGAGUUGAGACCAGAAGAGAUUGAUGAGUUGCGAGAAGCUUUUAAGGAGUUUGACAAAGAUAAAGAUGGUUUCAUCGGCUGUAAGGAUCUGGGGAACUGUAUGAGAACUAUGGGCUACAUGCCCACUGAAAUGGAACUAAUUGAACUCAGCCAACAAAUCAACAUGAAUCUUGGUGGCCAUGUGGAUUUCGAUGACUUUGUAGGAUUGAUGGGACCUAAACUCCUCGCUGAAACAGCAGAUAUGAUUGGCAUUAAAGAGCUAAGGAAUGCUUUUAAAGAGUUUGACACAAAUGGAGAUGGAGAGAUUAGCACAGGAGAACUGAGAGAAGCUAUGAGAAAACUGCUAGGACAGCAGGUUGGUCAUCGAGACCUGGAAGACAUACUUAAAGACAUUGAUUUAAAUGGAGAUGGCAGAGUAGACUUUGAAGAGUUUGUGCGCAUGGUGUCCCGCUGAAAGAGAGGUUUUUAUGCCGUCUACUAUACAAGAAAGUAAGAUGCUGUGCUGCUUCCUGCUGGUCAAAGCAGACAGAGUAUUAAACUACUGCAAGAAAAGCCUUGCUGAGCCAGUAUUUUAUUGUAUAAAAACUGAAAACUGGACUUGUUUGAAAAAAAACUGAUGACGACUCAUGCACGUAUAUACACACAAGCACAUAUACAGAUAUACUGUAGCCAAGUGUCUCUGCACUUUCAACCAUGCAAGACCAAACUUUUACUUGCACAUUUGGGGGUGGGUAUCAUACUUAAUAAUGGCAAUACAAAAUUAUGCGUUGUCCUGUUGUCACCUAUAUGUGUCUCUCUGAUAACUAUAGGCAAAGAGCGUUUUAAAAUCACAUUCUACAAUGUUUUUUCUUUUGUUUCCCGUAAUAUAAAGGGAUGAGCACAUUAAUGAUAUGUUAUGUAUAUAAGUCAAGCUCAACUACCUAACACAACUGUGAGUCAAGUUUAUUUUUAUUACAAACAUGUUAAACACUUUGUUACAAAAAUAAAUAAAUCAAACAGUCUAUACCACUGUGCAGCUUAGGUUUACUAACACUCAAAUAUGAAAAUGAAAACAAAUUGGCCUGUUUUUAUAGACUUAUUUUAACACAGACUGUUUCUAAAUUUAAAAUUGUUUGACCGGAUUAACUAUUUUUAGUUGUCAUGGUGACAUACUUGUAAGGAAACUAAAUCCAAGUCUAUUUAAAGCAAUGCAAAGUAUCCAUAUACAGACAACAUCUGAUCAUCACAUGCUUGAGAAACAGACUGUGAAGAUGUAUUUCUUUAAUCCUUUUUAUGUCUGUUUGCGUGAUUUGUGUCAGAGACAUUUGUAGUCUUAAAUUAUAAUCUGACUCCUUGCAUGCCAAAGUGAGUUUCAUACAUUGUAACAAAUGAAGCAAAUAAAAACAUUGGAGUGUC